UCGACUGUGUGUUUUGAAAGAGAGUAAAGGGUCAAUGGUUGUAUUUACUUGGUUGACAAGACCAAGUAGUACGUGUGUGGUGUGUGUUGGAUGGAUUCCAGUGGGUCAUUUUAGCUGGAGAAUAUAAAAGGUCACACUAUAACUCUCCCCACAUCUCUCUGACCAGAGUGUAGUUCUUGGCAGACAGAGAUCAGAGGGCUGAAUCAUGAUGAACUGUUUACACUUCUCGCUACUGUUGGCAUUGAUGUGCGUGCACAUCGAUGCUGUACCAGUGGACCCGGGUGCCAUGACGAUGGAGUCUUGUGAAGAUUCUCUGGCGAUGGGCGCUGCAAGGGAAACUCUUACCAAGAUUAACCAGGAUCGGCAGGAGGGCUACAUCCUGGCCCUUCAUCGCUUAUCCAACGCACAUUCCACAAAGCAUGGAGAAACUGGUAUUGUUUUCUAUCUAACUUUGGAUGUUGUGGAGACCAACUGUAGCGUUCUUAGCAAGAAGGACUGGAAGGACUGUGAGGCUCGCCCAACAGGAGAGACACCUGUAUAUGGUCAGUGCAAAGCAGCUAUCUACAUAAACAGGGUGCACAGGGUGGUGCGUCUCUACAAGUACAACUGUGUUGUUAGACCAGUUCCAGCACCAAGAGUGAAGCAAUUGUGCCCUGACUGUUCAUCUCACAUUAGUUUUGAUAAUGCUGAAGUUAAGAAGACAGUCUCCAAAUCUCUGGAGAAGUUCAACAAGGAAAGUGGAUUGACCAAGAUAUUUGCGCUGCUGAAUAUUACCCGAGCAACAGCAGGGAUGGCCAUCGAAAUGUAUUACCAUGUUGAGUACACCAUCCAGGAGACAAACUGCACCAGGAACAAAGAUACCGAGAUGGACAGCAAAUGUCCUAUCAUGGACUGCGAGUUUUCUCACAAAGGUUUCUGUAAGGCUUCCCACUUCCACACUCCCAUCGGUGAUAGUGAGUUCAGCGUAGCUUGUGAGAUCUAUGAGCCUGAGGCUGGUGAAAGAGAGAAGAAAUUACACCUUUUGGGCGACAAGAAUGAUCACAGUCACAACGACACACACCCGCACAAUCACAGUCACGAUGAAGCACAUGCUGCAGACUCAGCCCACACUCAUGACCAUGUCCAUGACCACACGAAGAGUCAUGAUCACCAUGAUAAAACUCACAAGCAUGCAGAGGAUAGUGACCACCACCACACACACGACCAUCAAGAGGGAAGUGCCCACAGGCACGCUCACGCCCAUUCACACGACCACGGACAUGGACAUGAUCAUGUGCAUUCUCACCACGCCCAGGCACACGAUCAUAGCAACGACUCACCUAAUCACCACCAUGACUACAAACAUGGAGGGGUGCACACCCAUGAGCAUGACCACGAAAUUUCCCUGGACCAUGACCACAAGCACAGUCAUUUGCAUGAGCAUGAGCACCACCAUCAUCAUCAUACGCAUGACCAUGAGACAACAGUCCAUGACAAUCCGGAAGGCAUUUUUAAUGUGUUGCCAGCCAUGGACCAAGUGAUGACCCUGCCUUCCUUCCCUGAUGUACCUGCAGGGGAAGUAGGUGUUGUACUUCCUCUUGUCCCUGAUCCUCAAACCCCAGGGGAGAUGCAACCAACUCUUCGGCCCUUCCCCACUUCAGUUUCAUCUCAGUGUGCAUCACCAAAAAAAGGUGAAACACUGGUGCAGGAACUCUUUGAAGAAGACCCCAUGUUCAAGCCAGCCGCCUAAGAUGGAAGACGAACACACACACAUCAAUAUAAGUGAAGUGGAGGAAUAGAGUACAUGUUCUAAGUGUUCGAA